GCCUCCCCUCAAUCCCAAGUACAUCUCUCAAUCGCCAUAUUGGGUACUGAAAAGGUUUGCCUGCAAUUUCUUUCCUCUCACUACGGAGCGGAGUGGACCGACUGGCUACGUUUUGCUGCACUGGGUAUUCAUGUUCAGUGAAGACAACCAUUGCUCGCUUUGCCAUUGCGGCGCUCACCGUUUUUGAUCUAGACAUAUGCAUGACAUGCGUGCAUUUCUGUUGAUCUGUCGUUUUACGCGUGUGUUGGAUUUGACUGAGCGAAUACGAAAAACGCAUUUUGAGUGUUAAUAUCUGGACGCUCUCCGAUCUCUUGGAAAAUGUCAAAUGUUCGUCUGUCGAAUGGGAGUCCGACGUUGGAGCGGACGGAUGCCCGUGUGUCUGAGCACCCGAAACCGUCCUUUUGCAGAACUCUUUUCGGCCCCGUGGACCACGAAGAGUUAAAGAGGGAAUUAAAGGGACAUUUCAAGGAGAUGGAAGAUGAUGCCUCUGCAAAAUGGAACUUCGACUUCGCGAACCAUAAGCCGCUGAAGAACGGGAGGUUCAAGUGGGACUUGGUGGAUUGUAAAGACCUUCCCGAUUUCUACAACCAACCUCCUCGCUCGUCGAGAUCGUCGACGUACUCCACUGGGAAUAACAACGUGGAUUUUAACGGGAAUCGUAGUUGUGGUGGGAUGGGAAGUGCCCGGCCGCCCCCCGCAGAGAGCGAGCGAUGCGAGAGUCAGAUGGACGGUAGCGAGCAGAGCCAAGGACAGCGGAAAAGACCUGCCUGCAACGACACUGCGCCCCAAAGUAAAAGGUCAUACACAAGUUCGGAUGAAGUUCGGCAAAACGUGACACGUUCGGCCGAGCACACACCAAGAAAGUCCAGUCCCAAGACACAGACGUGAGACCGAGAAAGAUCUGAAGAUGUAUUUCCCCUUUGGUGCGGGAGAGAGAGCUCAGUGUUGGCCGACGUGGAAGAGGAACUACACAACAGAAACAUAUCAACUCUCCUGGGGACGGGGGGAGGGGCACUGAAUAGAAACACUAAAGUUGUGGCACUCAAAUUAAAGUUACUGCCUCUAAAAGCAGUGUAUGUAGCAGUGUGCAAUUAGGUUGAAAUUCCCUUUUUGCUCUUUUUCUCUGUGUGUCUGUGUGUGUGCGCGUGUGUGUGUGUGUGUGUGUGUGUGUGUGUGUGUGUGUGUGUGUGUGUGGGUGUAUAUACAUAUAUUUCUCUCCAAAUGUAGCACAUAAGAAAACAUGAUAUGAAAGCAAAUCCUUUUAUGUAAAAAAAAAAGUGUGAAUAUUGAUUUGACUUGAAUUGCAGUGUAGUUUGAUGGUUGUUUUUUUUCCCUCCAAAUGCUGUUCCCUAUAUUUUGCCUCAAGACGAUUUGACUUUGCCAUGGUCUCCAUUUUACAUUUACAUUUAGGGCAUUUAGCAGACGCUUUUAUCCAAAGCGACUCACAUCAGUUAAUACACACAUUACAUCCACAUCCAUUUGCCACCCAAACAGGCUUCUGAAGUGUUAUCUCAAUAGGUCACCCCCUCGUAGUCUGCAGUGAAGAACGGUACCAAUGUAGCUCCUUUCUUGUUUCUCGUGGUCGCUUCCUUUUUUUUUUUUUUUUUUUGCAUUUUCCACGGCCAUUGGCACAAAGUGUCAACACAAAAAUACAGGUUCUCAUUUCACUUUUUUUUUUCCAGCCCCUAGAAGAUCAAUACAGCAUUUAUUUUUUUUAUUUUUUACAAAUAUCUAUAACAUGUAAUGUUACAUCCUUUGCUGUAGUGUAAAAUUGUGUUUCUCAAACCACCUAAUAUUUAUUAUGUCAAAGAGCUGUUAUGGUAUUGAUUUAAAUCCUGGAACGUUAUAUAUUAUUAUUAUUAUUAUUAAUAUUAUUUCACUCUCAAAAAGUUCUCCCAUUACUUUGUGACAUGUUCAGGUGCAUGUGACUACCCCCUGUAGAAUUGUGAGGUACUUUUAUGCUGAAGGAGACAACAUAAACUGCACAGGUAGUGUUUUUAUUUUAAUUUUAUUUUUGUUCAAUAUCAUGCCAUCCCCCUGUCCCUAGGACUUAUCUUGUUGCUGUUUUAAUUAUAUAUUUUUUGGAAUAGGAGCUUUUAUUUUCAAAACGAGAUGACUGUCCUACAAUGCCAAAUACAUGGUUGCUCCGGUAUGGCUGCCACAGCCUGUUUGCUCCAGAUUUGACUUCACAUUGUGUUCCUUUGUGAUAACCUACAGAAAAUCCCCCCCCCCCCCCAAUCCUAUCACCAAUUGUGGUUGAUAGCCUGCUGAGGACGCACUUAUAUUGCAUCUAUAAGCCCCCCAUCCCCCUUCUCCUAUCUCUCUGAUUAUUUGCAUAAGAAAUGUGUUUAUUCAAAGAGACCAAUGUUCACCUGGACGGAAGUUGAAAUGUGUGUCUCAGAAAAGCCACCGUGCCUGUGUAUUUAUGUAAAUCUUUUGCAAUGUACCUAAAUGUACAUAACUUUGUAAAAACACUGAGAAAUUAUACUAACUUAUUUAUGUCAAGCUUUUUUUAUGUAGAAUAAAAUGGGUUUUUUGAUCACGGUUAUCCAAAGUGGCAUUUACAUUAUUAUAAUGGUAUUUUGUAAAAGCAUAUUUUUGGUAGUUUUUCUUAUAAGGUUGCAAACUGAGCCUGAUACAAUAUUUGAUGUGCAUUUUGUAAUGUGUGGUUAUAAAAUAUGUUGCAAUCAAUUAAAACAAAUUUAAAUCUAAAUCUACACAUUGUAGGCUAUUUGUUGUGACACUUGCACUCAUGUCCAAAAAGGCACAGACAGUUCUACAUAUUGCAUGCCGUGUUUUCACGGACUAAAAAAGAAAGACAUGUAAAAAAAAUAAUAUAUAUAUAUAACAGACAAACGGCAUAAUAAACGCUUUGUUACUUUUCGAAAUUUGAUUGAGGUCACAGAGGGAUUUCAAAGCAAUGAGACGGCUCUGCAGAAAUGACACCGUAUCAAUCGGCCAGUACUUUUGAGCGGGUUGCGUUGAUUGAUGUCUUGGCUAUCCAAUCAUAUUUGCACUGCAGAAAGCAGACCACUUGUUGCAGCCAGUCACAUUCGCGUGCCGGUUUUUGAAGUUGACUUCUCUUAGGAGUGGUUUCAGGGAAGAAGUGCAACCGCAAAACGCGAUUCUUUUCUCUUUAAGGUAAUCUUUAUGUAUAUUCAUAACAUUUAAUAUUUUAGAGAGAACAUCAUGCUGGCAUUUGAAUGGGUGUAUCCGCGGGCGCAGAACCGUGCGGGGACGCGGAGAGAAAAAUAUACAUUUGUGUCAUGUUUAAUGUUGGGCGUUUGUCUUUUCAGAUUAUAUUUGAGGUGAUAACUGAACCCUCUACGGAUGAGAGUUUGCAGCGUUUAUAAACGAAUUUGCACAUAGGACUUUCGCUGUUUUUGUAGACCAUGACAAAACAUCUGUUUCUAUAAAGGGCAUUUUCUAAACCAAUCUGAAAUGAACAAUGACUAAACAUGUUUAAGAUAAGUGUCCGUGUAGCUUCGUUA